UCACUCGGCAGAACGCAACGCGGAGCGGCCUUACGGCCCCGUGCCCCGUGGAAAAGUGGUUAGGUUCUCGCAGCUGUCAGACGAGGCCGCGAGUUACAGGUGUGCAUAUCGUGUUCGUGCACCCACGGUCGUGUGCAUGUGACGACUGACGAGUGACGGGAAACGCGCGUGUUUCGUUGCGCAGGACCGAGAUAUCGCACGCGAAUUUCGCGGAUUUUCCUUUGGAUAGCUGCGAAACGCGAAGCGAAGACCUCCGACAUAUAUACAGUGAGUGAUGGCUCUACGCCUAAGGGGUAGCAAGGAUGUCAAGAAGAGCUUCUAUUACGUUUGGUAUCUUGGUGCGAGAGAGGCCAAGGGGGUGGACGCGAUGCCCGGUGCCAUAGCUUACCUGCUCGAGCGGGAACGACUUCAAGAACCUUUCAAGGUCACAUUGCAGGUGAGCAACAAAGGUCUGAAGAUUAUACAAACUGUUCAUCCUGGUGGCUCGACGAGGUCGGCAGUCAAACACUUGGUACCGGGUCACGCGGUGCUGGCAGCCGUACAGCGGGAAGACAUCGUGGCCGCGACUCUGCUCCUGCCAAAUCCAGCGACGAACAAUCCCGUGCAUGUGCACGCAUACAGAUGCGAUUCGGUCGAGACCGCCGAAUUGUUAGGUGGCCAGUUAAAAGCGCUAGCGUCACACACUGACAAUUUGGCCAGGGUCACGGCGAGCGAAGGUAGAAUCCGCAGCAAUCUAGGUAGCGAUGGCCGAAGUACCAGAGAAUCUGAGUCUUCCGAAGGUAGCGGUGAGCUCAGACACGAUCCGGUCCAAACUACGACCAUCUAUGAAUCUUUGGCCGCCGAGUUGCGAGCAAAAUUAGGUAGAGGUAAUUCCGGCGACAACGACGUCGGCCCGAUAUUACUACCGCCUCGUGACUACGAUACUGUGCACAGACACCACGGUAACUUAGCCGGCAUCGAGUUCAGGCGUUGCCUAAAUCAGACCAUCGUGGGUGGUAGCACGGCCGUUGACAGGGGUGGCACGAGGAGUGCAGCCAGCAGCGGCAUAGGAUCUGAUAGCGCAGCAACGCCACCACCCUAUCAAACGCACCAUCCUCUCGGCCAGAGACCGUCUAGACCGUCUAGAGAUUCCUCUUCCGAUGACGAUUGGGGUGUGCCAAACGAGGACAAUGACUAUUUACCAGAAGUGGAGACAGCUGCAAGUCUGACAUUGCCGCGACUGCCGCGAAGCCCAGAAAGAUUACCCAAUCAAGCAAAUAGGGGAGUUUCACCAAGUUGCAAUAGGAAUCGACGAGCGGCGGAAUUUAGACAGCGAUCACCAAGUCCUCAAUAUCAGCCCAGGGUCAAUCCCGGCGACGUGACCAGUCCCAGAGAGAGGUUCCAAGAUGCUAAGGAAAUGUUUAGGGCGAUGGAGAGGGAAGCCAUUGCCAGGCCUGUUCUCUCCAGGCAGAGAGACAUCGAGCAUCAUCCUGUACACAGAGUCCAGUCGGCUAGACAGGUUCACGAGGAUAGAUCCGGCCGUCAAUAUCCUGCAAGCUUAAACUCCAUGUCCUCGCAUGAACAUGCAGUCAGACGAAGUCAACCGGACGUGCUUGAUCGUGAAAAUGUCAUAUCUUACAAAGGUAGACCACGACCCAGGACUCAUCAUUAUGCGAUUGAACGUCCACCUGAGCCAGAGAUUUCGAGACCGCGACCAAGGAGCUUCUACGAGAAUUUAUCGAUCGGCAGAGAUUUCAGAGAUUCAAGGACUCUCGUAGAUCAGAGAGAUAUGCGAGAAUUUCGAGAACGUGCACAGCACCCACGAGAAUUACGCGACAAGUUGCGAACGAGAAGCACGACCUACCAGGAAUUGUCGGAGCAUGAAAGAUAUCCUGGACUCGAUCGUGAAAGUGCCAGACCGCCGUUGGAAAUGAUCCCAACAUCCGGUAGAUAUCGUCACAGCUACGCCGAGCCGCCAAGAUUGGGCCUGGCUGCGCUUCAUCCCUAUUGAUGCGCUAGCCCGUUUUAAUUGGUGAAUUAUUUAAUGAAUUAACAUAUCGCGCUAUCAUUAUUUUUGCAUUAUUAUGCACUGCGCCUUGACCGUUCAGUAUGUUCAUGGUUAAUGACCUUUAUCCCGCCUCUGGAAUAAGAUGAGGAAGGAGAAAGGAGAGAGGACUGCGAUAUGGAUAUUUUUAUUUUUUCAACUUUGGAAUGUUAACA